AAGAUGGCGAACGAUGUAGAGGGAAUGAACACGAGUGGUUCCUUUUAAUAAGUCAAUGAUUGGAAAUAUUAAAUGUGAAGCACGAUGAACAGUGUAAGCAGCGAAUGUGGAGAAUUGAAGCGACAGUAUGAUUCUUGUUUUAAUUCGUGGUUUGUUGAUAAAUUCCUAAAAGGAGAGAAAAAUGAUUCUUGUGCUGCAUUAUUCAAGCUUUACCAAGAUUGCGUCAAGAAAGCGAUUCAAGAACAGAAGAUUGAAUUGUGGGAAAUAGAACAAGACAUAUUAGGAACUGAAAAAGAAAAAAAGGCAAAAUCAGAAAGAGGUGACAAGAAUUCAUGAUUAAAACCUUUAUGUAAUUAAAAAUGGACCAUAACAACAAAUUUUAUCAGACUACUUAAAUUGCCUUUCAUUUAUUCAAAAGAAGAAUGUGAUAAUUAAAUCAAUUAUGUUAAGCAUUUUUAAAAUUUCAGU